AUGGCGCCGGCACCAGACCAACUCUCCUCGCCUGGUUCUGUGAGCUAUGACUCCGAUACCAUGGUGGUGGGAGAUGGAACGUGGGAUUUCACCAAAAACACGUUCCUUCUCUCCAACUUGCAAGGGACUGAUUUUGACACAAUGAGAUACAAUGGAAUGGGAAAUCGCUUCUCCACCGUUCACCAAUACCAUACCAUUAUUCUGGCUCACGGCAUUAUGGCUGCCAUGGUCUUUCUAUUCCUGGUACCCCUGUCUGUGAUGCUUGCGAGAUUCUACACGAGAGAGCCUGCUCAUGCGAUGCGAUACCAUGCGCGGCUGGGCGUUUUCUCCGGCUUACUUCUGGUAGCAGCAUUCAUAUUACCCUUCUUCGCAGUUGGACCAAGCCGAUCUCUAUCGAACCCGCACCAUGGAAUUGGAGUUGCCAUCUUUGUCAUGUUCGUUGUUCAGCUCGUGGGGGGUCGAUUGAUUCAGCAUAUCAUGAAGAGUCGCUCUCUUCGCGUAACACUUCAUAAUUGGUUAGGCAGAGCUGCAGCCCUCCUUGGAAUUAUUCAGGUGCCCCUCGGACUUACCCUCUACGGAUCGCCAAAAGUUCUUUUUAUCUUAUACGCGGUUUGGAUGGGCUUCCUUCUCGCAGUCUAUUUUGUUCUCGACUACCGGGCCGAGGGACGCCAUGAGCGAUACAUCCCAGCGGGGCGCUCUGAAGCGGGCAACACUCGCAUCACGGAAUCCGAGUACUACUCUGAACACAGGGAGCACGAGAAUUCUCCCCUGAAAUGGCUGGGACCCUUGGCGGCUGGCGCUGGAAUAUUUGCUCUGAUGAGAGGACGCAAGAAAGAGCAUGACGACGACCGCAGCCGAGCCCGCACACGGUCGCCAUCCAUGACGAGAAGCCAUGGACCAACGGUAAUCUCAUCACGGCCAAGCUACUUCUCCGAAAAGUACUCUGAUCUUCCGGCACAACGAAGUGGUGGAGGAGGUUUCUUCGGCAAGGCAUUGGGCGGUGCGGCUGCCGCUUUUGGUGCUGGAAAGGUCUUUUCUAACUUUAUGGAUCGUCGCGACCGGCGAGACGAAGAGUAUUCUGCUGUAUCUACUGAAACUCCUCACCGCAACAGGUCGAUACGCGCUGCAACAGUAAGCGAAUUCAACAGCGAGUAUACUGAUGAUGUGUCAACCAUUCCACCAUCUCGCCAUCCUGCUCCCACUCAAACUGCUUCCGCCUAUGGAGGUCGGAGCUCAUCUCCACGACGCUCCAACGUUCGCAGCAACAUUUCGAGAGGAGAUAUGAUGGAUGAAUCUGAAUACUCGUCGUACGUUUCUCCAUCACGACGACCGCGUGAUGAGCCUUCUGGCGGCGGCGGUUUUGCCAAGGGAGUGCUUGCUACUUUGGGAGUUGGAUGGUUCGCCAAGAAGUUUGCCGACAGACGUGCCAAAAAGGAAGAAGAGGAUCGGCUGAGGGAGGAAGAGGAGAUGCGGUCCGGCACUCAGUUCUCCUCCAGGUACAGCAACACCGAAUAUCAAUCUCCAGUCCGAAGGGACUCUCGUCGUCCGCCUCAAAGGCGCAGCACCGUGACAGGAACCGAGUAUUCAGAUGGAACGGAAUCUACGUUUGACACCCAGACCGAGCUUUCCACCAUGCCUCCAAAGGGACCGCGGAAUACGGCUGCUGGAGUACGACCCAGCACUUCUGCGUUGACCUCUGAUGAAAUGUCGUCGCCACCGAGGCGGGGCGAGCGUCUGUCCAUGCCUACCAUGCCUAGUGAUCCCCAUGGCAUAUUACACCGUGCCGAAGUUGAAUCCGAAGUGACUUCGCUUGCCGACCGACCUCAGGGGCGCCAUUCUUCAAGACGGCAAAUGGAUAGCGAGAGAGCUGCGGCCGAAGCGGCUGCCCCGGGCCCGCAAGACCGCGAACAUGUCAGACUGCGAAAGGUUACUGAGGAGGAGACCUUGGCACAGACGAGCCGGGGCCGAAGAGAUUCUCAAUCAAGCCUUUCGGCACUCGAGUCUCCUACCAAGAAUCGACGGUACCGCAGAGACGACAGCAAGAGGAGGGCGGAAUCGGCAGCCGAAAGCCGAGUCGAAAGCAGCCGAGUCGGCAGCAGCAGAGUCCAAGAUGAUGCCAGCCGCGUAGGGCCAAUGAAUCCGCCGAACCCAUCACUGGCCAAGGGCAGACGUGGUAGGGAUUCAGGUUAUAACUCGGGCCAACCUCCUGCCCAGCAAUCCGGCCAACCUGGACCUUCAUUCUUACAACCGCCCGGCCAGAAUCUACCAAAUCCUUCAAUCACUAGUGUUGGCAGCCAUGGUACUUGGAGUGGCAUGGAAAGCGAAGUGCCAACCGAGGUCCCAACCGCACCGCGAAACCCGCCACAAAGCACGCCACAUCAACCGCCGCCAGCUGACGACAAGGGCAACGAGUCCGCGGCAGACAAUAGGCGAAGGCGACGUGCGGAGCGACGACGAGCCAGCGGCAGUCGUCCUUCCGGAACGGAGAAUACGUACGAUACUAGCACGUACGAUGAGAAUGAUAUGUUCUAG